GUUUUAUUGUCCUCGUUGCUUUGGUCUCUACGCAGAGAAAUGAAUGCUUGCUUGUCAGGCUCAUUUCUCUAUCGUCUGGCUAUCUUCAGAUAAAUUCUACUUCUGAACCCUUGACAUAUUUCUAUUGCAAGCUACCGAAACGUACAACGAAGGUAGCUAUCGAUACUUCCUCCGGCAGAUGUGGGACAACCAGACUGAGUGGGGCACAUCGCUCCCCACGCCUUCUGAUGAUUCCCAAAGCCAGGAUGCUGCUCCUGUGUCCCAGCCGCUGAAGCGGCAUGCGGCAUGCGACGAGUGUAGGAAACGGAAACUCAAAUGCUCGGGGGAACCCAAUGGCUGUAGUCGCUGUGUCAAGCAGUCCCUGUCGUGCCAUUAUUCUGUGCAAAAGCAAAUGGGACGACCACCGAAGAAGAGGGCGAGAGAAGAUGAUGAUGAACUGCCGCCGUUUGAGUUCUCUGGCGACGACGCAUGGCUGAAUAUCAACCCCGCCGAUUUCCCUCCCGCGAACCUUACACCACCAGGAGCAACAGGCCCUGUGAACGCAUCCCACGGCGUCCUUCCAGAAUGGUGUCCGUUGCCGGUGCCGAAUGCGUCGCCGAAUGCGUCGCAUCAACUCCUCUCGACCGACGAAAAUCACAAUCAUUCAUGGCAACUGGAACAGGGUCAAUCGUUCAGCUCCGUUCCAGAGACCACAAGCCCGUGGCCUGAUUUCACGAGCGUGACGGCAGCAAUGCCGAAUCCGUUUACGGCGCCGCCGGGCCUACCACGACUCCAAUCGCCCCCCGUGCCGUCCUCUCACUCCCAGACCCCCAGCGGGCAGUGUACCUGUCUAUCUUAUCUCUAUCUCUGCCUCAGCCAUCUAUCCUCCCUCGCCUCGUUCCCCAUCUCCCAACAUACCCUGUGUUCGCUGUUCAUCGCGUCGCGGACGGCGCAGGCCGUCAUCCGCUGCCGGGUCUGUCCCACACGGUUCGCCACAGGCAUGCAGAACGUCAUGUUCACGGGGACCUUACUCAACGUCAUCGCCGACGCCUGGCUCCGCGUAUCAAAGACCGACCCAGCAGAACUGGGAAGACAGGCCGCACCCCCAACUUACGUAUCUGCGCUGCAGAACUCCCCGAAUUCGACAGAAGCGUGGGCGGACUGGCUCCGACAGACGGUGCGGUCCGGUGUACUCGGCACCCCCAGCGAUGAGGCCGGCAGUGUGCAGUGCUCCCAGUCCCCGAGUUUACUCUCCUGCAUCAUUGAGAUGGAAAACCGCCAACGACGCUGGCAUCAAUCACACCCGCUCUCUCCCUCGGAUUCUCCCAAUCAAGCGGACUUGGACUGUCAGGUGGAGGAGGAAAACCUCCUCUGCAUUCGAGUCGCCCGGAGCGCCAGAGAAGUGAUCGCCAAGUUCGGCUUCGAGCCAUAUGAGUACCCCAAUGGUGUGGUGGCUUGAGUGCGUAUCGCAGCUCAUUCGUAUAUCUAUAUAAUCUACUACACUACUAUUCAAUGUCGAUAUCCUUGCAUUUGCUUCAACAGCGGCUGGCCUAGCUUGAGCAUACGGACAAUGCGAUGGAGGUUCCCACUCACGACUUGCUUCAAAGCGCUUGAUUUAUCUCACAAGGCAGGAGUCUUUCCGUUACUUUCUUUUCAUUAUGUUUCACUUGGAGCGGUGGG